GUGCAAGCCAAGCCAGUGAAGAGGCUGUGCCAUACUCGCUCAAUUAUUACAGUAAAUGGGCAGUUCCCAGGGCCGACCCUCAAGGUCAGGAAUGGAGACAGCUUGGUUGUCAAAGUUGUGAACCAGGCGAAGUAUAAUAUUACCAUCCAUUGGCAUGGAAUUAGACAGAUGAGAAAUGGUUGGGCAGAUGGUCCUUCUUAUGUGACACAAUGCCCAAUUCAGCCUGGAGGUACCUACACAUACAGGUUCAAAAUAGAGAACCAAGAGGGAACCUUAUGGUGGCAUGCUCACAGCUCUUGGCUUAGAGCUACAGUCUAUGGAGCCUUAAUAAUCCUUCCCAAAAAGGAUACUUCCUACCCCUUCGCCACACCAAAGAGAGAAUUUCCUGUCAUUCUUGGUGAGUGGUGGAAUUCGAACCCCAUUGACGUCAUCCGGCAAGCACUGAAAACCGGAGCAGCUCCGAACAAUUCUGAUGCCUUCACCAUCAAUGGCCAACCAGGAGAUCUCUACAAAUGCUCCAGCAAAGAAACUACGGUACUCCCGGUGGGUCCCGGCGAGACGAUCCUCCUCCGCCUCAUCAACGCCGCCAUGGUCAACGAGCUCUUUUUCUCGGUAGCCGACCACAAAAUGACCGUGGUGGCCGCCGACGCCUCUUACACUAAGCCCUUUACAACCUCAGUCAUCCUUCUUGGACCGGGCCAGACCAAUGACGUCCUUAUCCAAACCAACCAGCCCGCUGGCCGCUACUACCUAGCCGCCCACGCCUACGAAAGCGGACCGCCGAACACCCCUUUCGACAACACAACCACCACCGCCAUCCUCAGCUACGAAAACCAAAUCACUUCAACACAGCCAAAGCCCGCCGCUUUACCAGCCUUCAACGACACGGCAACCGCCGCCGCUUUCACAGCGAGCAUUAAGAGCCCGAGACCCGUCAAAAUCCCCGGACCCGUAAAUGAGAACCUCUUCUUCACAGUCGGGCUGGGCCUUUUUAACUGCCCGCCGGGAAAAACAUGUAGCGGUCCCAACGGCACUCGGUUCACCGCUAGCAUGAACAAUUACUCUUUUGUUCUCCCGAAACGGCAGUCUUUGCUCCAAGCCGCGGAAUUCGGCAUUCCCGGCGUGUUCACGACAGAUUUCCCGGCUACCCCUCCCGUCAAAUUCGACUACACUGGCAACAAUAUAAGCCCGAGCCUUUACCAACCCGUUAAAGCCACGAAGCUCUAUCCGCUGAAAUACGGUUCGGUUGUUCAGCUAGUGAUGCAGGGAACCAACAUCGUCGCCUCGGAGGAACACCCAAUGCAUAUCCAUGGUUACGAAUUCUACGUGUUGGCGACGGGAACAGGAAACUUCAAUGCGAAGAAGGAUACGGCGAAGUUCAAUCUCGUGGACCCGCCGCGCAGGAACACAAUUGGCGUGCCAGUGAAGGGGUGGGCAGUCAUAAGGUUCGUGGCCGAUAAUCCUGGCGUUUGGUUUGUUCAUUGCCAUAUCGACUCUCAUCUGACAUGGGGCUUGGCUAUGGCGUUUCUGGUGGAGAAUGGAGUUGGGAAAUUGCAAUCUACCAUUCCUCCUCCGCUGGACCUUCCAAAAUGCUAGGAUCUGAAAGAAGUGAACUCUGCUCUGUCCUGAAGCCAGAUCGAAUCGUUUGCUGCUCUGUUUGGCUGAGGAGGGUUACUUAAAUUGUUUUCUUUUGUCUCUGUUCGUAGUUAAUGGAUUUUGGUUAGUUGAUUUAACUUGCAUAUUGUGCAAGUAUGAGAUAAUUAAUUAUCAGAAAUUGUUUCUUCUUAGUUAAAGCAUUGGAUUAUUGCUAAUUUCAUUGAUGCAAUCUUAUUGUGACUUGGUGCAAUGGUCACGUUAGUGUAUUGUUUAGGUCCUGUUUAGUGCAGUUAUUUCAUUAUCAGAAAAUUGUUGUAACUUUAUUUGACUAUUAU